AUGCGGAUAAUUUAUACAUUCUCGUGUUCAGAGGAAACGGUAGGCCUUCGCAAGCGUAGUGUUAUGGAUACUUGCACAAAAAUAUUUCGGUUUUGUCGUUCAAAAUGUCACAAACUGUUCAAGAAGAAGCGUAAUCCGAGAAAGACACGAUGGACGAAAGCUUCACGUAUGGCACGCGGCAAGGAGCUGAGAAAUGAUAGCACAUUUAAUGUUGAAAUGCGACGUAAUGAACCGCUGAAGUACGAGCGUCAAUUGUGGCGUGAAGCAGUUGAUACAGCCAAAGAAGUAAUAGCAUUGCGUGAGAAACGUUACGGUGAGCAUAUCAAGAAAACUUUGCAACCUGGUAAAGUUGUCAAACGUAUUGCUGAUCUACAGAAGGCUCGAAAGAAGAUGUAUUUAAUAAGUGCUCCUUUGCAAUCGAAAAAGCAGGCCAAUAGUACUGGUGAAGUUGAGCAAAAAAUGGAAGAAGAGAUGGAAACAAACUGA